UUUUGUGUCUAUUAGAUGCUCAGAGUGUGUGCACAAGACUGGCAUACCCAGGGUCCUCCUCGUGGCACUAACAGUCUACUGAAAGGUGGGACAGAGACAAGCCAAUCAAUACCUACAAGACUGGAGGCAGGCCAAGUUGCUGAAUCAAGGGAGCCCCCGCCCCCCAACGGGGCGUUCCCCAGGGAGGCUUUCUUCUCAUCCUCCCGACCACGACCACGGGGGCUUUUCGUGAGGUCGGCUCUGAUCUCGCGGAAGAGUGACACACAGGUGUUCAAAGACACUUCUGGGGAGUCAGAGAAGCGGUUUGCGAGUGACUUGACUGGGGCGCCGUGGGCGGGCCCUGGCACGGAACACACCCGGAGGCCAACCCUGGCCUGCGGGUUGGUGACCCGCUCUGCGCAGAGUUGGAGAGGCGCUUUCACUUCGGAGGAUUGCUCCACAACCAUGCUCUGCCUCUGGACCCUCCUAACUCUGGUUCUUAAAUUAUUUGGAUUAUUGUCUAAAAGUGUUAAUGCUCAAGUGACUGAUAUCAACCCCAAGGGGCUGGAAUUGAGGAAGACUGUUACUGCCGUUGAGACUCAGAACUUGGAAGACCAGUAUUACGUGGACCAAUUCUGCCGUAAGCCCUGUGGUCCAGGCGAAAAGAAAGCUAGGGAGUGUACAGUGGAUGGGGAUGAACCAGACUGCGUGCCCUGCCAAGAAGGGAGGGAAUACACAGACAAAAGUCAUUUUUCUUCCAAAUGCAGAAGAUGUAGAUUGUGUGACGAAGGACAUGGCUUAGAAGUGGAAAUCAACUGUACCCGGACCCAGAAUACCAAGUGCAGAUGUAAACCAAACUUUUUUUGUAAUUCUGCUGUAUGUGAACACUGUGACCCUUGCACCACAUGUGAACAUGGAAUCAUCAAGGAAUGCACACUAACCAGCAAUGCUAAGUGCCAAGAGGAAGGAUUCAGAUCUGACUUGCUGUGGUUGUGUCUCCUUUUCCUAAUUCUACCAGUUGUUUGGGGGGUGAUAAGAUACAUAAAGCACAGAAGGGCAAACCAAGGUCAUCGUGAAUCUACAACCUUAAAUUCUGAAACGGUGCCAAUUAAUUUACCUGAUGUUGACUUGAGUAAAUAUAUCACCGUUAUUGCUGAACACAUGACAAUAAGUCAAGUUAGAGACUUUGUUCGGAAGAAUGGCGUCAAUGAAGCCAAAAUAGAUGAGAUCAAGAAUGACAAUAUCAAAGACACAGCGGAACAGAAAGUUCAGCUGCUUCGUAAUUGGUAUCAACUUCAUGGGAAGAAAGAUGCAUAUGACACUUUGAUUAAAGGUCUCAAAAAAGCCAAUCUUACUGCUCUUGCAGAGAAAAUUCAGAAUAUCAUCAUCAAGGACUCAGAAAGUUCAAACUUCACAAAUCAAAAUGAAAACCAAAGCAUGGUCUAGAGCGAAAAACAAUGAAUUCAGUUCUCAGUAUAUACAAUUAGUGUUUGAAAAGAUUCUUAAUAGCUGGCUGUCAAUACUGCUUGUUUUUUUACUGGGUACAUUUUAUCAUUCAUUAGCUCUGAAGAGACAACAUAUUUAUAGAUUUUUGAACAUCUCAUGAUUCUGCCUCCAAGGAUGUUUAAAAUCUAGUUGGGAAGACAAACGUUAUCAAGAGUAAAUGUGGUGGCCUGCUAAGUACUGAAAGAUUAAGAUUAUGCUCUGGUAUCUAACAUAAGAUUCUGUAGUAUGAAUGUAAUCAGUAUAUGUUAGUACAAAUGUCUAUCCAGCGGCUAACCCCAUUCCAUGAAUCAAUAGAAGAAGCUAUGACCCUUCGUUGAAAUGUCAGUUACUGAAUCAAGUCACUUUGCCUCUAAAUUACCUCUGAUAAUUCUAGAGAUUUUACCAUAUUUCUAAACUUUGUUUCUAACUCUGAGAGGAACACAUGUAUGUAAAAUAUAUAUAUUUGAAUGCAGAAUUUAUAUAAGGCUCUACCUCAAAGACAUUUGCACAGAUUAUUGGUGUCCUAUUAUACAGUAUUUCAAAUGUGAGUUCACAUAAACAUUAAAUUAUGAUGUUUGAAUAUUA